GCCAUACGAGAGAGCUAUGCUGUGGGAGCUUUCGUUCUGCAGAUAUAUACCCAACCUGCUCGAGCUGGAAUCGUUUUCUAAUUAUGUUGGUUAAGACGGUAACGCGUGCAUCCCUGCCGUAAUAAUUCAAUUUCAGUUUUCAGCAAAGUCUCGAAAAAUUGUAAUUUUCUGUCUUCUGUUUCUUGGGACUUGAACGUCUCACACUAUAACAACUAACUAAUGCGUUCUUGAGAAAAAUGUGGGCCUCAAAAGACGACGUGAGGUUACUGAAUGACCCUUGGCGUGUGCUGAACAAACAGAAAAAAUAUAGUGACAACUUCGUGCCAGUUAACAAAGCGUUUGUAGUGCUUGCAGUAGAACGGUACUUGUCACAGCCCAGCGAUAAUUCAAACCCGCAGGAUUUGUAUGAUGUAACCUUGACAGACGGCUCAGAAGGCGCGAAGUGCUUGCUGCAACCGCGGUUUAACAGCAUGGUGUACAAAAACGUUAUGACCGCUGGGUGCGACUUGAAAGUGAACCGCAUCUCGACGGUUUAUGAAGGAAAAACACUGCGUGUAGUGCUGAAUAACGUGUAUGUUGUCAGUAGACUGUCCAUGUAUUUUCAGUUAUGUCAUCCACAACACGAGUUUGAAGAUGUAGCAGGUGAUAUUCGUAUGGUUGCUGGGGUUAACAAACAUUAUCUACCUCUGUGGAAUGAUGUAGAUUACUAUGGGUUGCAAUGGAGAGAUAAUGUGCAAAGAAACAUCAAAACAAUAAGUGAACAUGUAGUUACUCUAGCGGAAUUGGAGAAGACCGUGGAGUAUAAAUCAAGCUUGCCAGCACUGCUUGUGAGAGUUAUGUUCAAGUCCACAUUGUGGCACAAUGGAAAAUAUAGCAGCACUCAAGAAUGGGCCUACCAGGCCUAUCUGGAGGUGGCAGAUCACACCAGGAUGGCAACCUUGGUGCUGGGAAACUCCUUGUGUCCAGAUUUCUAUAGAGCUCUGAAAGUUGGAGCAGUAAUCCUUCUGCAGAAUUAUGUUGUAAAGGAAGCUUUUCAGCAAAAUACGAGACCAGCAUCCUACUAUCCAGAAAUAGAAUUCUGCAAGAAUAUAGAUAUUUGUUUAAUUCCAGAGAAAUCAGCCUCCAGUAUCAAGGUCAUUUCUCUAAGCCGUGUUCAGAAAGAGUGGAAUCUGCCAAAAAUUAAGUACAGGUUCAUCACCAGGAGAGAAAUUGAACGUGUGCCAAACGGCCUUACCUGUGAUGUAAUAGGUCUGGUGACCUUUGUUGGCCGAUGUGAAAGAAUUAGAAAGUCAGAAGACAGCAGUGAGUUUUGGGUUCGUCGAUGGAUUCACAUGGUCGAUGGCACAAGUCACAAACACUUGUUGUUGGAAGUUUAUUGUACAUCCCAGCCAGAAAUUCAUGAAAAGCUUCACCCAUUGACUUACCUGGUUUGCACUCAGAUGAGGGUGGUGCAGAACAUCAUUCCAAACGGAGCCAUCUUUUCUUACCUGACCACAACAUCCAACAGUCAGAUAUUCAUCAACGGUUAUCACAAAGGGAAUCCAUACAGACACGAUCCAGUGGUACAGAUGUUUAUUCAGUGGGUAAAGUGCCAGAAAGAAGAAUAUUAUCUGGAUAUAGCAGUAGUUGGAGGAUAUUUCCCAGGCCCUCCACUUCAUCCAGCCCUUGAGGAUUUCUGUGAAAACGCAGGGGAGGCUCCUGGAGCAGUUUGUGACAUUAAGAAAGAGUUGGAAAUGCUCCAGUACCGAGAGCAUAAACGCAUACUCAUCUCAGGAGUUAUUACGGCCAUCAAAUAUGUUAACAGACAUAUGAGUGACACAGGCAGCACCAUCUUACAGGCAAUGGAAAAUGCUUGGAAGCUGAGUACUGGAAGUAGAGAUGGUAACUCUACUGAACUUUCAGAUGAAGUGGGAUCGUACUUUGGUACCAGACCUACAUCAGACACUGACAGUCCACACACUUCUUACUAUAGCUUCAGUGAGUUAGACAAAGAGGCGUGCUCUUCACCACAACAUACUCUAUCCUCCACCCAAGACUCAGAAUACUAUUCUGCCCAAGAAGAUUUUCCUGAAUUGUCAAUACCUACUGCUGUUGAGCCUGAAGGCAGCAACUUUUCCUUUGCAUGGGAGUAUAAAAACUGGUCAAAGUUGUCAGGACAGCUACAAGAGCACUUAAAGUUUGGACAUCUUUUACCUGAAAGCCAUCCUCAGAAAUUUGAUUACUCCUGCUUGGAUGCUCAACUGAAGUUGUACAACCUCCAGCCUUCCAAGUAUAGCCGGGACCUUUAUCGUUUAUUUGAGAGCAAAGAGACUGUUUCAGGGUACUUCUCUCUAACAAUCACAGACCUAAGUCAAAAGUGUGCACUAGAUGUUGUUUGUCUGUCACCAGCCUGUUUACCAAACAACAGAGUCUAUGACACAGACACACCACUGUACACUUCACCAGCAGCGCAGAUCCUAGGAACUCCAACAUCAGGCUAUAGAGAACUUUUCACAACUUACUCGGAGCCAGAUCACAUCAUGAAGACAGCAACCACAUUGGAGGAUAAAAAUCUGUUUUUUCUUCUUGAUUUGUACUCUCAUGGGGGUGGUAAAGUAGAAGUCAUUGUGAACAGGGUAUUUAUUGAAAGCUACAAUUAAAUUAACAUGUUGGAGGAUCCCUCCUGUUUAUCCUUUCACUGUAUAAUAUUUGCAAUGUAAACUUACUGACUUUAUAUUUUCAGUGUUAUGGAAACUUUAAUUUAUCCUUCAUAAACUCCCAGCAUUCAGAGAAUGUUAACAGUAUUACAUAUUUCCAAGUACCACAUAUUUGUUGUAUUGGUGAUUGUUGUAUUAAUCAAACCGUAGAAGUGAAAUCAGAUUUUCAUGUAAAGGGUUAUUAGGGUUUAUGUUAUUUAAAUUUUGCAUUGUUAUUUGUUUAAUUCAAUUGACGGUUAUUUAAAGACCUGUUCAUAAGUUCUGGGUAAAUAUUAAUAAAGUAAAAAAAAAAAGUAAAA